AUGCCUCACAAUUUCUUCUCACUCAAAUGCAUAUCUCUACGUUUUCUUCCUUCUCCGGCAUUCACGCUCCUCCGGCUCUCGGCCUACGCCCUCGGCUAUUACGGUACUCCGCCCAAUGAUCCCACGGUUCAUCGUCCAAGGAUCUUCUGGUUCUUCGCUCUCUCUUCCUCCGCGUGCAAAUUCGUUCUUCAGAUCAACUAUUUUGCCAUAAGCGGACCAGAGUGCCAAAAGUUCAUGCCGAAGAUGAAGAAGGUUGUGCUGAAGAUGAAGACUGAGCUACUGAAGGUCGCACAGUGUACUCAGAAAAUAUUUUCCGUUGACUCAAGUUUUCCUUUGCUUACCAAAUACAGGGAACCUGAAAAAUGAUUUCCGGAAAUCAUUUUUCGGAUUUUUCAAGCACAUCCUAAGUUCUAAACUUUUUUUUUUUUUUUUUUUUUGUAAAACAUAUAUAGCGUUUCAAAAUAAGCUAAUAGCUAUUAACUUUUAAGCAUUUAAAUUAACUUUUAAGCUAUAUAAGCCAAACAUAGCUAGGACUGCUAAUUGAUUAUUUGUUUAUUAUUAUUAUUUUGUUUGUGAUGAGAUAAAUUUGU